AAGUCAUUUGAGCAACCGCAGCGUUGUCGGAGGAUAGGCGUCCCACAGCAGCAAUGGCAGCUCCCAGUAGGAAACAGACGUUCAGGUUUCUCAGCCAGUUGGGAGCGUUUAUUUUAACCCGGUUCGGGUUUUGGAACUGCUUCAGCAUGUUGAUGCUGUUUGCCGAACGAGCGGACUCUAAAAGGAAGCCAGACAUCCAUGUACCAUACCUGUAUGUGGACAUGGGGGCAGCAGUGCUCUGCGCCAGCUUCAUGUCAUUUGGGGUGAAGAGGAGGUGGUUUGCAAUGGCCACUGCCAUACAACUGGUCGUCAGCACUUACGCGGCGUAUAUUGGAGAGCAGGUGUACUACGGGGACUGGCUUAAGGUACGAAUGUAUUCCAGAGUGCUGGCCAUUAUCGGAGGCUUCAUGGUUCUGGCGAGUGGGGCGGGAGAGGUAUACAGACAGAAACCUCGCAGCAGAUCCCUGCAGUCUACUGGACAGGUUUUCCUGGGAGUGUACCUCAUCUGCAUGGUGUACUCCCUCCAGCACAGCAAAGAGGACAGGCAGGCCUAUCUAAACCACAUCGUGGGAGGAGAGAUCACGCUGAUGCUGCUGGAGGUGCUGUUCGGGGUGCUGGCCUUGGCCUUCCUGUCCGGCUGCUACAUCCGCCUGGCCGCACAGAUCCUGGCCACCGUCCUGCCUCUGGUGAUCCUGCUCAUCGACGGCAACCUGGGCUACUGGCACCACACCCGCAAGGUGGAGUUCUGGAACCAGAUGAAGCUGAUUGGACAUAACGUGGGCAUCUUCGGCGCUGUGUUGAUCCUGGCCACCGACGGUUGAACCCUUGCGCUCUCACAGAGAACUUUUUACAGACCGAGGUGUCUGCGCAGGAUGAGACUGAUGGCCUUCACGUCACAGCCCGACUUUGUACUGAAAGCUGCCGUUGCUCGGUGACCUCUCAGGAUAUUAAACACUCCAAGCUGAGACUGUUUGAUGUAAGCAGCGUCGAUUGUCUUUACCUACCAGUUGGUAACUUUUGCAAGAAAAAGAACACAACACGAGCUUCCUUUUUAGCAAUUUAAUAAUUUAUUCAGAUUCGUGUUUACAUUUUGUUGCGCUCUGAAACAUGACACUGAGUAUAAGUACUUUAUACCUACAGGAGGAAUACCUUUUACUCCAAAAAUUAUAGUCUUAAAUGAUUUGAUAAUAUUUUACAGUAUAUGGUUUAAAUAUUUUGCAAAUAAAGGGAAAAUUUAACUUA